GCUUAUAGCCUACACUAUGUCAAAAUGAGCGGACGAGUAGGAGACCUCAGUCCCAAACAAGCCGAGGCAUUGGCACAGUUUCGGGAGAGAAUAGGAGAUGUAUCUGACCAACUGUCCAAUCAGAGUGAUCAUUACCUGCUCCGCUGGCUCAGAGCCAGGAGUUUUAAUGUCCUAAAGGCUGAGGCGAUGAUUAGGAAGCAUCUGGAGUUUCGCAAGCAUAUGAAAGUCGACACAAUCAUUGAAGACUGGAGACCGCCAGAGGUAAUUGAGCGGUAUGUAUCUGGUGGAAUGUGCGGCUAUGAUUGUGAAGGAAGUCCCAUCUGGUAUGACAUCAUCGGUCCUCUUGACCCGAAGGGUCUUUUACUGUCGGCUAGUAAACAAGACUGUCUUCGGACCAAGGUCAGAGAUGCUGAACUGCUACGGCAAGAGUGCGAGAAACAGUCUAAAAAGCUUGAAAAACACAUUGAAGCUAUCACCAUCAUUUAUGACUGUGAGGGGCUUGGCAUGAAACAUCUUUGGAAACCUGCUGUUGAGAUGUAUGGUGAGAUUCUGACCAUGUUUGAAGAGAACUAUCCAGAGAGUCUAAAAAAGGUGUUUUUAAUAAAAGCCCCUAAGCUCUUUCCUAUCGCAUACAACUUGAUCAAACACUUCUUGCGUGAGGAGACAAGGCAGAAGAUUGUUGUAAUGGGUGGCAACUGGAAAGAGGUAUUAAGGAACUAUAUUGAUGCCGAUCAGUUACCGGCGGUUUACGGGGGCUCCAUGACUGAUCCUGAUGGGGACCCUCUCUGUAAAACCAUGUUAAAUUAUGGUGGUGUAGUGCCGAAGUCUUACUACGUACGGGACUCUGUCAAGGUGCAGUAUGACCAGAGCAUCACAAUAAACCGCGGUUCCUCCUACCAGCUAGAAUAUGAAGUACUCUUUCCCAACUGCAUAUUACGAUGGCAGUUUGUGAGUGAGGGGUCUGAUAUUGGUUUUGGAAUAUUCCUGAAGACAAAAGGAAAUGAAACAAAGAAACUGGAAAAUAUGCAGGAAGUACUGCGAACCGAACGUUACAAUUCCCAUCUAGUCCCAGAAGAUGGAUCCUACACCUGUGAGGAACCAGGCAUCUAUGUGGUCCGGUUCGAUAACACUUACAGUGUGAUCCAUUCAAAGAAGAUCAGCUUCAUGGUGGAUGUUCUUCUACCUGAGGGAAAUACAAUGUCAGAAAACCAGGCGUGAGGUCUGGCUGAAAGUCGUAGCUGAAACAUAUUGACUAUGAGCACAAUAUUUUUGAUCCACAAAAAUCCAAAGUAAUUCAGGGUUUAAAUUUGUGUACUAUAUUUUGUAUUUGGACAAUUAGAAUAAUUAGGAUAUGUGAUCUCUUGUACUUUGCCAGUCCCUAAAAAGAUUUUAUGCAUAGAAUCCAAAAUUUGAAAAGUGUCAAAUAUGCAGGUCAAAUUAGUAACAAACCUGCCUGAAUAAGCAGUGAUUCAAUGUAAUAGAUGCAUUUGACAAGAAGAUAAUAAAAUGGAAGUAUGGGUGAUGGGGAUUACAUGUAUGAGAAUGCAUUAUUUGGUAAGCAAUGAGAAUUAAUCAUGCUUAUGGACCAUUGAGAAUAUCUGUCAAUGAGUAUAUCAUUGGAUUAUAGUAAAUCCUGUGUGGAACACAAACACAUUUUAAUGGGUACAUACCACAACAGGAAGCUUGUUGUAAUCUUUGUAAUAUUUAGCUACAAUAGCCUUUUAUAUAAUCUGGAGCAGAAUAUUUUAAAUGUGGAUGUAAUUAUGCACUAAUCUAAUAAUAAAAUAAACCUAA